AUGCCAAUUCCACGUUCUUUGUGUUUCUGUUUUUUCCUUAUGCAAACCGAAUGCCAAUUCCACGUCUUUCUGUUUCUGUUGUUUCCUUAUUUAAACCGAAUGCCAAUUCCACGUCUUUGUGUUUCUAUUAUUUCCUUAUACAAACCAAUGCCAAUUCCACGUCUUUGUGUUUCUGUUAUUUCGUUUUCUUAUGCAAACCGAAUGCCAAUUCCACGUCUUUGUUUUCUGUUAUUUUCCUUAUUAAACCGAUGCCAAUUCCAUAAACCCGAAUUUCUUUCUUUGUGUUUCUAUUUCCUUAUGCAAACCGAAUGCCAAUUCCACGUCUUUGUUAUUCUGUUAUUUCCUUAUGCAAACCGAAUGCCAAUUCCACUUUUUCUGUCUUAUCUAUCUUUUGACUUUCCGUUAUUUCCUUAUGCAAACCGAAUGCCAAUUCCACGUCUUUGUGUUUCUGUUAACGACUUAUGGAAAACCGAAUGCCAAUUCCAUGUCUUUCACCAGGUGUUAUUUCCUUAUGCAAACCGAAUGCCAAUUCCACGUCUUUGUUUGUUUUUUCUUAUCAAACCGAAUUUUCUAAUUUGUCCCAAACUGAUGCCAAUUCCAUUUCUUUGUGUUUCUGUUAUUUCCUGA